UGCUUUGUCCAGCAUGGGUGCUUUGGCUUCCUUGCCACAAAUGGCACCAUUACCCACAAUCGUCAACAAGCCACCUUCUUCAACCACACAGAAUCUCGCCAGUAUUGAAGAAGCCAAAAAGAAAGUAACAAAACAGGCAAACAGCUUCAGUAUUAAAGAGCUAACAGAGAGAUGCAAAAAGAUAGCCGAGAGUAAGGAAGAAAUGGCCAUCGCAAAACCACAUGUGUCAGAUGAUGAAGAAGAUGAAAGGCUAUUUGGAGCUUCCCUUAAGGAGAAUAAGGGCAUCGCAUUCAGUCUCAGUGUAAGUGUCUCACUUUUUCGCAUCACUUUUAUAUCACAUGUUCAGACUUGAGUGAGUUUAG